AUAAACCUUCCAUUUCCUCGCGUUCACCAGUGAUGACGUCAUCAGGCACAGUCAGUCGCAGCUGUUCAAUAUUCAGUGUACAGUGGGUGUUUUGGUUUUGUUGUUGUUUAUUAAAUUAUGCUAUUUAAAAUAACAAUUGUAUAAUUUAAUCAAUUUACCGUAAUUAUGGCAUCUCUAUCCAGCACAGCUCUAGUCACCUUCCAAGGCAUCCAGGAUCAAUAUUCCUUGAACUCAGAUUUAACUUUCCAGUUUACUUUCAAGUCUAGCCAGGAUUUUCCUUUAAAAGACAGCUUGGCUAUAUUCAAAUUAGGCUGGAACCAUGUUACUGAAUAUGUGGCUAUUAAAUCUGCCCCUAUUGAUGUAUCUCCGGAGCAAAUAAUAUAUUCAGUCACCUUUAAUCAGCACAUUUUGCCUAAAAACAUUGAGGAUUUGUUCCAGGUUUGCUACUUGAGGGGGCAGAUUUUGUGUGGGGCAAGUUCCCCUUUUCAAUUUACUGACAAUGCUAUGCCUACUAAAGAUGAAGAUUUUGAGAUUGUAUAUGAUAAAGCCCACAAAACAAGAGUUUUGAGCGAAAAAGACCAAGAAAUUGAGAGGCUCAAGGAAGAAAACGAGAUCUUAAGAGAGUCCUUAAGGACUCUUAUAAUUUCAAGUAAAAACAAGGAUACCCUUAAGGAAAUCAAAGGCAUGAAAACCAUGGUUUUAAGGCACGAUGCCGAAAUCAAGAUGUUAAAAGACAAGAUUAGAGCAGGAGGAGAAGAAUACAAAAAGCUCUACAUUGAAAACUUCAUGGUGAAAACGAGAUAUGAUAAGUUGAGGGCCAAGAUGUUGGGCCUUAAUGAUGAUGAUGAAAAAUGCACAACAAAAAAAUAUGAAAAAUCAAAGACCAGGUUUCCGUACACUGAUGAUGAGGACUCUGAUGAUGGGAUUGGGGUAGCUGAUUUGGAUUUGGACGAUUUGAAGUCAAUACCACCUUUUCCUUCGAUUUUGAAAAAAUAAUCUUGUUUGUUUUGUAUUUAAUUUAGUUUUAGUAUUUUUCUUUUUUUUUCUUUGUUAGGUAUUUAUUAAUAUUAGAAUAAUAUAUGUGAGGAUUGAAUCACAUUUCAUUUGUGAUGCCAAAUAAUAUUGACUUUGUUUGAAUAUCAGAAUAAAAGUUUGUCUUAA